AUGACGUCAUCACGGCGCUGCCCCGUCGCGGCCAUGCGGCUCCGCUUGGCCCCGGGCGGUCCCGCCGCGCUCAAGGUGCUCGCGGCUGCCGGAGCCGCGGCCGCUCCGGUGCGGCUGGAGUGGAGCUGCCCCUCGGAGCUGAGUCCCCCGUGGGUUCCUGCGCUGGAGCUGGAGAGCGGCACCGUCCUCUUCUCCCCCAACGCCAUCUGCCAGUUCUUCUUCCUGUCCCGCGGGGAGGAGCCCACGGACCUCAGCAACCAGUGGCUGGAGUGGGAGGUGACGGAGCUGGAGCCGGCAGCCUCGGCAGCUCUGUACGCCCGGCUGGUGCAGGGCAGGAAGGGGCUGGAGGCCGUGGAGGUCCUGGGGAAGCUCUUGGCUCACAUAGAACAGAACUUGGCCAGGAGAGGCACUGGCUACCUUGCUGGGGACACCAAGUCGGUGGCUGAUGUGGUGGUGUGGGGCACCUUGUUCCCUGUCCUGCAGGAUGAGACCAGCCUGCCAAGUGAGCUUCCUGCCCUGAAAACCUGGUUCCAGAGCAUGACGCUCUCAGAGGCCUGCAGGAAAGCUGCUGACUCCGUCCUCAUCCCCAGAGCACUGCAGGAGUUCACCUCCUACCUGCAGAAGCAGCCUCCCCCCUGCCUGCCCGUGCAGAGAACCACCAGCAACGAGCCCGAGGAGGAGGAAGGCUCUGAGCGUGCCCUGACGGAGGAGGAGAUCACAGCUGCUGCCAGUGCCUGGGCCCGUGGUGCUGCAGCACUGCCCAAGCCCUGGCAGCCUCAGAAACCUGUGCUGCCCGUGGAGGGCAUGAGGAACAUCCUGAUCACCAGCGCCCUGCCCUACGUCAACAACGUGCCCCACCUCGGCAACAUCAUCGGCUGCGUCCUCAGUGCUGACACCUUUGCCAGGUACUGCCGCCUGCGGAACUGGAACACCCUCUACGUGUGCGGCACGGAUGAGUACGGCACAGCCACCGAGACCAAGGCCCUGGAGGAGGGGAUGACUCCUCAGGAGAUCUGCAACAAGUACCACGCCAUCCACGCUGACAUUUACAGGUGGUUUGACAUCUCCUUUGACUAUUUUGGCCGCACCACCACACCCCACCAGACCAGGAUUGCCCAGGACAUCUUCAAGCGCCUGCUGGCCCGAGGUUUCCUCUUGGAGGACACCGUGGAGCAGCUGUGCUGUGAGAGCUGCCAGCGCUUCCUGGCCGACCGCUUCGUGGAGGGCACCUGCCCCUUCUGCAGCUACAGGGAGGCCCGGGGUGAUCAGUGUGAUAAAUGUGGCAAACUCAUCAAUGCUGUGGAACUGAAGAGCCCACAGUGCAAGCUCUGCAGGAGCGUCCCCGUGGUGAAAGCCACCCGGCACCUCUUCCUGGACCUUCCCAAACUGGAGGAGCAGCUGGAGCCCUGGCUGGAGCAGUCCCUGGCCACGGGGGACUGGACCCCCAACGCUCGCUACAUCACCCGCUCCUGGAUCAGGGAUGGGCUCAAACCCCGCUGCAUCACCCGUGACCUCAAGUGGGGCACACCCGUGCCCCUCGAUGGCUUCCAGGACAAGGUUUUUUAUGUGUGGUUUGAUGCUCCCAUUGGCUACUUGUCCAUUACAGCUAACUACACCCAGCACUGGGAGAGGUGGUGGAAGAACCCACAGCAGGUUGAGCUCUACAACUUCAUGGCCAAGGAUAAUGUCCCCUUCCACAGCGUUGUGUUCCCCUGUUCACUCCUGGGUGCUGAGGACAACUACACCCUGGUGAACCACCUCAUUGCUACAGAAUACCUCAACUAUGAGGAUGGGAAGUUUUCCAAGAGCCGGGGUGUGGGAGUGUUUGGGGACAUGGCCAAGGACACAGGCAUCCCUGCAGACAUCUGGCGUUUCUACCUGCUCUACCUGCGGCCCGAGGGGCAGGACAGUGCCUUCUCCUGGAGUGACCUCAUGCUCAAGAACAACUCUGAGCUGCUGAACAACCUGGGGAACUUCAUCAACAGAGCUGGCAUGUUCGUCUGCAAGUUUUUUGGUGGCACUGUCCCCAGCAUGGUCCUGACACUGGAUGACAAGAGGCUUUUGGCCCGUGUCACCCUGGAGCUGCGCCAGUACCACCAGCUGCUGGAGAAAGUCCGCAUCCGUGAUGCCCUGAGGUGUGUCCUGAGCAUCUCUCGCCACGGCAACCAGUACAUCCAGGUGAAUGAGCCCUGGAAGAGGAUCAAGGGGGAUGAAAAGGACAGGCAGCGUGCAGGCACGGUGACUGGCGUGGCCGUGAACAUGGCUGCCCUCCUGGCUGUCAUGGUGCAGCCCUACAUGCCCAGUGUCAGCUCAGCCAUCCAGGGGCAGCUCCACAUCCCCCCAGACUGCUUCGUCCUCAGCCACGACUUCACCUGCACCCUGCCCCCUGGGCACCAUGUGGGCACUGUGAGCCCCCUUUUCCAGAAGCUGGAGAACGAUCAGGUUGAGGCCCUGCGCAGGCGUUUUGGUGGAGGGCAGGCCAAGCAGAACUCUCCAGCCUCAGGGUCCCCUCCAGCCCCAGCAACCCAGGUGACUCCAGGUGACCCCCAGCUGAUCCAACUCUUGACAGAGGAGGUGGCCAAGCAGGGCAACCAUGUCAGGCAGCUGAAGGCCAACAAGGCAGAGAAGGCCCAGGUUGAUGCAGAGGUGGCCAAGCUGUUGGAACUGAAGAAGCAGCUGGCACUAGCUGAGGGAAAAAGCCCAGAAAUCCCUGUGCCCAAAGGGAAGUCGAAGAAGUAACAACUGAGAACUCAGAGACCACGCUGGCUGUUACAAGUGUGUAAUAAAAUGCAAAAUAUA